CAAAUCAUCCUUCUGAUCAAUAAAUAGACAAGCCACUAAUCAAGCAAAUCAUACUUCAUUAAAUUUUAAGAAAUUCUAAAAAGAAAAACAAUCAAAGUUCUUUGAAUGGAUUCGACUAGCCAAGAGGAGAUUGAGUUGAUACAAGCUCACACUCAUAUCUGGAAGUAUGCGUUCGAGUAUGCAAGUUCCAUGUCUCUCAAAUGUGUUGUUGAAUUAGGCAUACCCGACAUACUCCACAGCCAUGGGAAACCCAUGACUCUCUCUAGCCUCGCCGAUGCUCUCUCUCUACCAUCAAGGAGAGUUGAUCCUUUGAAUCGCUUAAUGCGCUUUAUGGUUCAUUCCGGAUUCUUUGCAACACAAAGCCUUGGCGAAAAUCAAGACCAAGAAGGAUAUAUACUAACAGCAACUUCAAGGCUUUUAGUAAAAGCUAAUUCCAACACUAUGGCAUCCGUUGUUCUCUCUAUGGUUGAUCCUUUCUUGGUAUCAUCUUUGCAUACCUUAAGCACUUGGUUUCAGGGCAGUGGAUCCACGCCAUUUUCGGCUGCUCAUGGUACGAACCUAUGGAAUGUGUUGGAGCAGAAUCCUGACUUUGGCAAGAACUUCCAUGACGCCAUGGCUAACGAUUCUUGCGUGUUGAUGAGUGUAAUUCUUAAUGAAGGUCAGGGGGUAUUCAAUAACUUGCAGUCUCUGGUUGACGUCGGAGGUGGGACUGGAACUACAGCUCAUGCCGUUGUUGGAGCAUUCCCCCACCUCCAUUGCAUGGUUCUGGAUCUUCCAAAUGUUGUUGCAGACUUACAAGGGACUGCUAAUGUAGUUUUCAUUGGGGGUGACAUGUUCGAGUCCAUUCCUCGUGCAGAUGCAGUUUUAAUGAAGUUUAUUCUUCAUGACUGGAACGAUAAAGAUUGUGUUACAAUACUUAAAAGAUGCAGAGAAGCUAUUCCGUCAAGAGAAGAGGGGGGAAAGGUGAUAAUAAUAGAUGCUGUGAUUGAAGAAGACAAGAAGAAGAAACAUGAAGCUGCAGACGAUUCAGUAAUUACUGAAACUCAACUACUAUUUGACAUAAUGAUGAUGGCUUUUGUUAAUGGUAAAGAGAGAACUGAGAAAGAAUGGGAAAAGCUUUUCAUCGAGUCAGGUUUUACUGGCUACAAAAUAACUCGUGUCCAAGGGUUUAGGUCCUUCAUUGAGGUUUAUCCUUAAGUGAUCAUGUGGAUAUCAUAACACUGAUCAUUGAAACUAAUUCUUGGUCUUUCAACGAAACCCAGAACUGGCGUGAUGUAUUUUGGUUAAUUAAGUUUCGAUUUUUUAUUUUC